UAUUGGAUAAGGUUAUGACCUUUCUUCAAAAAAAUUCAUUCCCAACUGUGAGUCUAAUCCGAAUCGGAAUUUCAAUAAAACUACGCAAACUAUUCCUCUAAUCUCAUUUGUAACGCCAACCUUUGUUUAUUUUUCAAUCCAAAAAUCUUCCUUUCGAGGAAGUGAAUCGCUUACGAGCCACCACUGCGACGCCACAGCACCAAACGAUGAAGAUAAUGGUAACCUUAAAGCGGGUCGUCGACUACGCCGUUAAGAUCAGAGUCAAAUCCGACAAGAGUGGUGUUGAAACCCACAACGUCAAGAUGUCGAUGAACCCUUUUUGCGAGAUAGCACUGGAAGAGGCUGUGAGGAUCAAGGAGGCGGGCCUGGCGUCAGAGGUUGUGGCGGUAAGCGUAGGACCCCAGCAGUGCGUGGAUACACUGCGUACGGGUCUGGCCAUGGGCGCUGAUAGGGGUAUCCAUGUGGAGGCCACUGGUGCUUUGUACCCGCUUACGAUUGCUAAAAUUUUGAAGAAGCUGGUCGAGCUUGAGAACCCCGGGCUUCUUAUUCUUGGCAAGCAGGCCAUUGAUGAUGACUGCAAUCAAACAGGGCAAAUGGUUGCAGGAUUGCUUGGUUGGCCCCAGGGAACCUUUGCUUCAAAGGUAUUGCUGGACAAGGAUAAACAGGAAGUGACAGUGGAUAGAGAAGUGGAUGGAGGUCUAGAAACGUUGUGUCUGGAUUUACCAGCAGUUAUUACUACUGAUUUGAGACUGAACCAGCCAAGGUACGCGGCCUUGCCCAACAUAAUAAAGGCGAAAUCAAAGGUCGUAAAGAAAUUCAGUCCUGAGGAUUUGAAAGUGGAAAUCAAUUCUGAUCUCGAAAUACUUCAUGUCACAGAACCGCCAAAGAGGAAAGCAGGAGUUAUUCUGUCUUCUGUGGAUGAGUUGAUCGACAAGCUUAAAAAUGAAGCUCGUGUCAUUUGAUUGUCAUAAGCUGGCCUCAAAGCUAUAUGCUUAUUACUGUUUGUUAACACAAUAAGCCUCAAAGUCAUAUUUAUGCGGCCAUGAAAGGAAGAAUUGAACAAAUCUUCUAUUUCGUA